UUGCUUAGAGUCAGGUUGAAAGCCCGCGCCUGACUUGUGGACAGGUGUUCCUCCCGCGGGAGAGAGGCCCCUCGACUGAAACCGAAAACUUUUAGAUUCGUAGUUUUAUACUGCGCACCAGAAGUGAGGAGAAGGUCGAAAAAAAUGCCUUAACUUGUAUACACGUCUUUUUUAUAACUCGAAAGGACUGCGUUUUUAUUCACUAUUACAGCUCUCGGCGAGGCUGUCCAGGUUGUUAAGAAGAUGUACCUACAAAGGCCCUGACUGAAGCAGUCAGAGAUAAGAAGACGUUUAUUCAUAGAGAAGCUAAAGGAAGACAGGUCUCAAGGAGGGAGUGACCAACUGCUUUGAGUACUGCUAAGAAGUGUCCUGGUAGAAUGGAAGACUUUACUGAAAUUAAAAUUUUGGACACUGGACCCAUCUAUUUUUUUGAUCAGAUAAAACCAAAAAGGAAAAUAUGGGAAAAGAGAAAAUGUGAAGACUACUUCCCCCUUUUGGAAUGCACUGAAGGAGCUAACUAUAAUCCUACAAGGAGUAUAUUUAAAGAACUAGAGAAAGCAAAACUUUCUACAGUAGCUGAAUCUGGGGAGAAAGAUGAGUUCAUCUCAUUUGGUGUCUCACAAACUUCUAGUGUUUCUAUGUUAUCUACUAAUUUAAAAUUUUCCAAACUACAACUGCAAAAGUCUCUGUUUGAAGAAUACAGACUCACUGCUGCCGAAAUACUGUACGAACUUGAGGAGAUAUUACAGAAAUAUGCUGUGUAUAACAUUACUUUCCCUGUGGGAAUUGUAAAUCUUGUGGAUUACAGUUGGCACGAUCUUACUGCAGAUGCUUAUAAGUAUGCAACCAAAAAUCCUAUGUUGAAGAAAUGUAGUGCCUUAAAAGAUGAUACCAGUAUCAUGACUAUGAUCGACUUAAAGGGAUACAAAAUCAACAGCUGCUCAAGAGAAGAAUGUCAUAAGAGGAACUGCCUCGUGAAAGUAAAAGAAGACCAUCACGAUGCAGCAAGUAAACCUGCGGUAAAAACAUCUCUUGUCGACCAACAGCAGUGUUCCCAGAUCUCCCAGGAUAGCAGUCUACCUGUUGUCACCCACUUCUCACUGACAUCCAAGAUCUGUUUAGAAAAUGGUUGGGUCCUACAGCCUCCUUCCUCAAAAUUGGAAAUCCUGAAAUGGAAGACAAUUCUUGAUACUGCUGUGAAGAAAUUACAAGUAGCCAUAAUGCAAAUAAAAACGGAAGAAGCUAAGCUAAGGAAAGAAGGAUUCAACAAACAACUUAUCCUGAGCCACUAUAACGAGGAAGAGGUGAACACCACCCCUGAAGAUUCCCAGUGUUUCUGGCUAGAGUUGCUGAGGAGGAGGACUAAUAUGCCAACAAUCAAGAAGCCUGACCAGAAUUUGAAAAAGUUCCAUUAUGCUCUGACAGAUGGUUCCUCUCUGACCUAAUAUCCUUGUGAAACGCCAAUGGUUGAAGAAGGAUGGGAAGGGUCAGGA